AUGGAGUCUACCGAUGCAGAUUUCUGGUUCUCUCCAGCCUCCAUCCUCGUGGCGUUGGUGACAAUUAUCUUUCUACUCCACCGAACAUGGCCUCAUUUAUUUCAGCCUAAAGCCGAAAAAAUCUUUGAUUCCAUUGAAAAGUCCGCCACCAAAAACUCAGACUUGACAGUCUCCAAAGAGCCCGAAAUCCCAGACGGAUGGUGGAGCGGUCGGGAAGUCUUCGAGCUCGAGCGACGCGCACUCUUCAGUCAAACAUGGCUCUACCUUGCCCACAGCUCCCAGUUCGAGAAGCCUGGCUCAUAUCAAUCUUUCGACGUGGCCGGAUUCCCGGUCUUUCUCAUUCGCGGCAAGGACGACAAGAUCCGCGCCUUCCAUAAUGUGUGUCGCCACCGUGCCUAUACUAUAACAAGAAGAGAGACUGGUGCCUCGACUAUUCUCGGGUGUCGGUAUCAUGGUUGGAGCUAUGAUACCACUGGUCGACUGGUGAAGGCUCCUCAAUUCGAUGAUGUCCCUGGGUUUGACAGGUCGCAAAAUAGUCUGUUCGAGGUUCAUACGCAUGCCACUGACCUAGGCUUGAUUUUUGUGAAUCUCAACUCUGGGGAGCCGGCUGCAUUUGACAGUGGAGUUUCUUCAAGUUUGAGCAGAUUUACCGGGUUGGAAGGGAAAUCCACCUGGGUCGUAGGUCAGACUUUGUCGGGGGACUUCAACUGGAAGAUUGGGGCACGAUCUCGUCAGCUCGAUGCAUAUAUCGGUGGGCUACAUCGCAAAAUGUCUGAAAUAGUGAGGCCAGAUCCCAUCGCGAAACUUGUCAGAUCUAUUACACGAAAGAACGCCAUUGAAGAGUGUGUUUUAUUUCCUGUUACACUUAUGUAUUCAUUUCAAGACGCCGGUUUAUGUCUUACCAUUUCCUUCUUUCCCACCUCUGAGUCGAAGACACAUAUUCGCUACGACCUCUUCGCCCUGACCGCUGUGAAUGAAGCUGGAAUUCGCUCAAUGUCUGAGCUACUACAGAGCAUAACAAAAAGUUUGACUGCAGAUAUUGAGCUUGAGUAUCGAUCUAUCUCGACUAAGCAAGGGUCUUCCGGCGAUUUCAAUAAUACAGAUAUUCAUCAAGUUUUGAGUCGACUCCAGGAGCACGCAAAGCUUGAACGGAUUGAAGGAAGUCAAAUCCUCCCGGCUAUGCACAAGCCAGAAGGCAGCACUCUGUUCCAAAAGGCGGACCAAUUGUGCAAAGAGCUAGACUGCGUGAGUGGUGGAUUGCAGAGCGGCGCUUUGUCGAGUACACUUGACUGGUAG